AUGUCCAGCCAGUUGGAUCCCCAGGCUUUGGCCGCGUUCGUGGACGACAGUGUCUUUGCUCAGAUGAGCGGGAAGCUUGGAGCAGACGCAUCGCCAAAGAAAAAUCUUUUCGUUGCGUGGAUGCUGGUCGACUAUCCCAACAAAGCCACACUCCAACUCGAGGCCUCCCAGCGAGAGAUACAUGGAUUGAUACGGGUGGAGAUCAGAAGAGCAUACGGGCAUACACGCGUGUCUCGACCUCUUGCACAAACUAUUGCGGCCAAGACGGUGAAAGACCUCCUGGCAAAGUUUGUCCCUGAAGCCCGCUCCGGCACGCCCAAGUUGGAUGAAAAUGAAAUGAAGCGAAUCGCGGAGGCGUUCACCAAGGGCCGGUACCUCGGCGAAGCCCACCUCGACCUCGCACAGUAUCUGCGGGACUGCUGGAAGGCCUACACCCCCACAAAGUACAAGGCGCCAUGUGUGGUGGUCGUGCAGAGUUCUGGCUUCGGCAAGAGUCGGAUGGUGCGUGAACUCGCGAUUGAGGCUCAAAAGAGCGCCUUGAACAUGAAAGUCCUGUACAUGUGUGCCCGUGUGCACGAGUCGACGGGGUUUCCCAAGGCUACGAGCGAGCUUCGUGGUUGGCUGUUUCAAGAAGGCUCCGAAGUGGAAGACAUCGCCAGUCGAUUGAAGACAAUUUACGUCUACGCGAACAAGCAUUGGGCGGACGUUCAGAAGGAAUGGCUGAAGCUGUUUACCGAAAAGGCAGCAGACACCUCUGUAAAGGCGAAACUUUCGGAUGAAACAGACACGCUGGAGGGGGAUACCUCCACCGAGAAGAAUCCAAAUGGCAGAAUCGUGGUUCUGGUGAUCGAUGAAGCGAGAAGUCUGCUGGCUGAGAAGGGAGGCAAGAAGAAUGACUUCCGAAUGUUGCGAAAUGCUCUCAGAUCCGUGAACAAAGAUAUCGGCCAUCGUGGAUGCAUUUUCGGCGUGCUGAUUGAUACGAACUCCAGGAUCUCGGACCUGGCGCCUCCGCUGUUGUUGGACCCAUCAUCUCGGCUUUUCGAUGGAGAGUUGGCAUCGUUUGCGCCAGUUGUGUUAGCUGAGACAAUGGACGUACACUGGGAUCAAUACUGUGAAGAAAAACAAGCCGGUGAAGAUGAAGAUGAAGAAACGAAAGAGGAAACCCAAAAACAGCAAGAACGUGCUCAGAUAGCUAUGUACAAGAGAAUCGUUACCGGGGAUGCGAGUCAAGCUUGGCACGCGUUGUGCCGCAUGGGGCGUCCGAUGUGGUACAGCACUUGCCCCAAUCCUGCGGAUAGAGAAGAUGUGAUCAAUCUUGCGGCGAACAAGCUGCUACUGUCGCAAAAUGCGUACAACAAGGAUACCAUGCUUGGUGUCGCCUCCAUGCUUUGCCGUCUGGGCGUGCGCCCGCAUUCAACGUCGGCUCUGGCAUCUCGGGCGACUGCCGACUUCAUGGCGAUUCUCGCCUAUGUGAAUUUCAAGCGAGAAGGUUACGUCACCAGCUACGCUUCGGACCCAGUGCUCGCCUUAGGAGCGAUGAAAGUGUGGUAUGAACUGAAACAUGGUCUGGCAAAGUAUAUCCUGCCGCAACUCAAGAACCUCCUUUUGGAUGAAGCAUUAGACACCGGUGGAGUUGGCGAAAUUGGCGAGAUGGUUGCUCGGAUUUUGCUGCUUCUGGCGAUGGACACGUGUGUGAUGGGGGACAAAAGCUUUUCCCAGUGCUACCACACGAUCGGGCAAUUUGUACCGGUGCAGGAUUUCUUGGACGUGCUGCAAGGCAACAAGGAGAGACCGAUAUAUUGUAAGGGGAUGUACAACGCGGAAGAUAAGAGACCAGAAUUGAACAAGUGGUGCUCGAAGUGGGAUGGUUGGUACAUGGGGUUCACCCACUUUGUGCAGUUGCAGCUUGAGCCGAAUGAGGACACGCUUUGG